CACAGAGAGGAAAGUGACAGAAGCUGUGCAGAGGGAGACGCAGAGAGAGCAGAGCGCCGGGCAGCCACCCAGUCUCGGGGGAGCGCUUAGCUCCCCCACCCCCGGCUGCCACCCUGUCCGGGGGGCUCCUCAAGCCCUCAGCCCCACUCCCAGGCUCCCCAUGGAAGCCAGCUGUUCCCCGGGAGGAGCCGGAGGAGGAGGAGUCGGCUAAAUGCUCGCGGUGAGCCCGGGGCCCCUGAGCCCAGCCUGCUCCGCGCCGCUGCCCUAAGGCCCCGCGCCCCCGGCGCCCCCUACCCGGGGCCGCGCCGCCUCUGCCCGCCCCUCCCCGGGGCUUUGCCCCGGACCUGCCCCCGCCCGCUAGCCUGCGCUCAGGCAGGAGCUCUGGGCCGGGCGCGCCGCCGCCCUGGAGUGAGGGAAGCCCAGGCGAAGGGGGUCUCUGGAGCCGGCCGCGAUGGACGCGGUCUUGGAGCCCUUCCCGGCCGACAGGCUGUUCCCCGGAUCCAGCUUCCUGGACUUGGGGGAUCUGAACGAGUCGGAUUUCCUCAACAAUGCGCACUUCCCGGAGCACCUGGACCACUUUGCGGAAAACAUGGAGGACUUCUCUAACGACCUGUUCAGCAGUUUCUUUGAUGAUCCCGUGCUGGACGAGAAAAGCCCUCUACUGGACAUGGAACUGGACUCCCCCACCCCAGGCAUCCAGGCUGAGCACAGCUACUCCCUGAGCGGUGACUCGGCGCCUCAGAGCCCCCUCGUGCCCAUCAAGAUGGAGGACACCACCCAAGACGUGGAACAUGGAGCAUGGGUGCUGGGACACAAACUGUGCUCCGUCAUGGUGAAGCAGGAGCAGAGCCCGGAGCUGCCCGUGGACCCUCUGGCUGCCUCCUCGGCCAUGGCCGCUGCUGCAGCCAUGGCCGCCCCCCCGCUGCUGGGCCUCAGCCCCCUGUCCAGGCUGCCCAUCCCCCACCAGGCCCCAGGAGAGAUGACUCAGCUGCCAGUGAUCAAAGCAGAGCCCCAGGAGGUGAAUCAGUUCCUCAAAGUGACACCGGAGGACCUGGUGCAGAUGCCUCUGACGCCCCCCAGCAGCCACGGCAGCGACAGUGACGGCUCCCAGAGUCCCCGCUCUCUGCCCCCCUCCAGCCCCGUCCGGCCCAUGGCCCGCUCGUCCACAGCCAUCUCCACCUCCCCCCUUCUCACCGCCCCUCACAAACUACAGGGGACAUCGGGGCCACUGCUCCUGACAGAGGAGGAGAAACGCACCCUGAUUGCUGAGGGCUACCCCAUCCCCACGAAACUCCCCCUCACCAAAGCCGAAGAAAAGGCCUUAAAGAGGGUCCGGAGAAAAAUCAAGAAUAAGAUCUCGGCCCAGGAGAGCCGCCGUAAGAAGAAGGAGUACGUGGAAUGUCUAGAAAAGAAGGUGGAGACAUUUACAUCAGAGAACAACGAACUGUGGAAGAAGGUAGAGACCCUGGAGAAUGCCAACAGGACCCUGCUCCAGCAGCUGCAGAAGCUCCAGACUCUGGUCACCAACAAGAUCUCAAGACCUUACAAGAUGGCCGCCACCCAGACCGGGACCUGCCUCAUGGUGGCAGCCUUGUGCUUCGUUCUGGUGCUGGGAUCCCUUGUGCCCUGCCUCCCUGAGUUCUCCUCCAGCUCCCAGACUGUGAAGGAAGACCCCGUGGCUGCUGACAGCGUCUACACAGCUAGUCAGAUGCCCUCCCGGAGCCUCCUGUUCUACGAUGAGGGAGCAGGCUCGUGGGAGGAUGGCCGCAGCGCCCUGCUGCCCGUGGAGCCCCCAGACGGCUGGGAGAUCAAGCCGGGGGGGCCAGCUGAGCAGCGGCCCCAGGACCACCUGCAGCAUGACCACCUGGACAGCACCCACGAGACCACCAAGUACCUGAGCGAGGCCUGGCCGAAAGACAUCGGUGGAAACGGCACCAGCCCGGACUUCUCUCACCCCAAGGAGUGGUUCCGUGAGAGGGAUCUCGGCCCCAAUACCACCAUCAAACUCUCCUAGGCGCAUCAAGACCCAGGACACAGGACGUCCCCUCUGGCACCCAGAAGAGGGGUGGUCUUGCUCUCUAACCCGGAUCCAGCUUGUCCCCCUGCCCCCUGGGCUCCCACCCCAGGAGAAAGUGUUCCACUUCUCCCCAGCCCUUCUUUGCCCCACUCCCUACCAGGGCCUCUCCUUUCCCCAUCACAUUUGGACUGUUCCCUUGGGCGGACCACUCUGUCCUCACCGCUCCCUCCCACAGCCAUCCAUCCUUCUCAAAUAAACCACUCACUGGGCUGACCCCCUCCUUUCUCAUAAUGACCGACUGGACCACUGCCUCCCUGCCCCCCCCCACAUACACACCCAUCAACACACCAACACACACCCCCCUCACCCCCCACCCCACUGUACAGAGACCAAGAACAGAAAUUGUUUGUAAAUAAUGAACCUUAUUUUUUAUUAUUGCCAAUCCCCUAAAAUAUUGUAUUUUACAAGUCUCCAUCCUCCCUUCACCCCUCCCUUGUUUUAUAUUUUAUGAAGUUAGUGCGGGCUUUGCUCUUCCUCCGGCCCUCACCCGGCCUCCUCCUGCCGCUGCCCAAGCCGCUGGGCCUUUUUAAUUGCCAAACUGCUUCUUCCAUCAGCUCAGCACAAGCUUUAAGAAGGCAAAAGUAAAAAAAAAAAAAAAAGAUGCAGCAUCAA